ACAUUUGAGAGAGGCUCGAGGGCCAUCCUGCUUCACUGCUGCCUGCCUGCCUGCCUCAAUCGAGUCGAUCGCCGAAGAAGUGGGCAUCCUGUCGGAAACACAAGUCUGCGCUGGCCGACAGCGGCCAGAACUGUACUUGAGAUUGUCUGAGCUGGUUUCAGUGUUUCCUGGGUAGAGAAGUGUCGGUCGAGCUGAGCUGAACGAAGGACGCGGAGGGCCGGAAGUGAUUGAUUACUCGCUUGGAGAACGAGGACGAGGAAGAGCAGCUUGCAGAGGAGAAUGAGAGAAAUCGACGCUUUUUUUGUUUCCGAGUGAUAUCGUCGAAACCAGCUGCAGGGUCUGUCGUACGCUCUGAGUCUUGAGCAAGCACCAGCAGCGGCAGGUCAGCUCGGUCGGCUUCGAGGCUCGCUGGGUGAGGACUGACGAACUCUACUGGGAUUUGGAAAGAUGGCGGCGGUCGUCCUGAGCACGGUUUUCGUCCUCUUAGCUGCGUUGGUCUCGAAGACGGGUGCCUGGAGUGUCAGCUGCUCGAAUCCAUACUCGCAAUGCUAUGGUCAGCUGCAGACUUGCCCGGCCAACUGCGCCCAGUGGUGCGAGGUGGACUGUACCACUUGCAACGUCCAAUGCGCUUGUGACAAGCCCGGCGCAGUCUGCCAGGACCCGCGCUUCAUCGGCGGCGACGGAGUGAUGUUCUACUUCCACGGCGAGAAGGACAAAGACUUCUGCAUCGUGUCGGACCCGGCCCUGCACAUCAAUGCGCACUUCAUCGGCAAGAGGGGCUCGGGCAUGACCCGCGAUUUCACGUGGGUCCAGUCUCUGGGAAUCAUGUUCGGCUCUCGCACUCUGUACAUCGGAGCUCAGACCGUCGGCACCUGGGACAAUCACGUCGAUGCUCUCUCCCUGUCCUUCGACGGCCAGCCUCUCCUGUUGCCGCCCCGAGUCAAUGCCACUCUCGAGUUUCCAGAUGCCGGGCUUCAAAUUGUUCGUGUCGAAGGAAAGAAUGCUGUUACGGUCGAGGUUAAAGGGAGCUUCAAGUUGGAGGCGCAUGUCGUACCUAUAACGAAGCAGGAGUCGCGCAUACACAAUUACGACAUCACGGCCGAGAACUGCUUCGCGCACUUGGAGCUCAACUUCCAGUUCUUCAACCUCUCGACAGAAGUGAAUGGCAUCCUGGGUCAGACGUACGUCCCAGGCUACAAGAGCCCCGUGAAGGUGGGCGUCCCGAUGCCAAUCAUGGGCGGCGACGAGAGCUACGUCUCCUCGGCGCUGUUCCAGACCGACUGCGCCGUGUCGAAGUUCGGUGCCACCCCUUCGGGCCAGACCAUCCGGCAAGCUGCAUCUGCGUCCUGCGGAAACGCGAGGUCCGGUGGUUUGGUGUGUCGUCGCUAGUCCUUCCAUCAACUUCUGUGCCCCUCGGGAGGAAUACUCGAAGAGCAAACCUCCAGGGAAUGGAAUGGAAUGGAAUGGAAUGGCGCUGUUUGUACUCUAGGCCUCUCCUCUCCCCUCUCAUCUCAUCUCAUUUUGCCCCAUUUUUGCCUCUUUCAAAGCCUGCCAUACGGCCACCUCGAGUGCAGUCCAUGCUCCUGCCUUCUUCUGUCGUGGACUUGCCAUAGCGAAUGGGCUAGUUCUGUGCCGACCAUAUGCUGUACGCUGUUUUACGUAAUGAAUCAAUCACUUCAUAGCCGACGUCUCUACGAUACGUUCUCCACGAAGACUAAGUCGGAGACGUCGGCCGCGAUUCACUGCGUGCCUUGCAGUCGUAUUCUGUAAGAACUUCGAGUCCUCCGUGCACACGAUGGAAUGUUGAACUCGGUUGGAUUGGCUCUGUCCGAUCCAUGUCGUUGUUAGAUUGUUGCUGAGGUUGAGGUUGUUGCCCAAUCAGGCCAUACUGAGCUUCCAGGUGGAUUCGGUUCGUUUACCCAAAGAUUCCAAAUCU